AGGUAAUUAAACCCUUUCUUUUUUGUCGUCGGAUUUAAUAAUUACACACCCUUUGCUUCCACCAGCUGCGCCGUCCGUCCUCCCACCCUUCCCGAAAGUUCUCCUUCGCCCGCCGCUCUGAAACAAUGCCUCGCCGGAGCUCCGCCGGAAGACCUGCUCCCCGGGCAGCGUCCCGUUCUGCACCUCAACCAGUUCAUCAGGCUUCUCCUCCAGCUCCUAUGCAGAGUGGGGGUGGUGGAUCUAUUCUUGGAGGCAUUGGUUCGACCAUUGCUCAAGGAAUGGCUUUCGGAACAGGAAGUGCAGUGGCACACAGGGCAGUGGAUGCUGUGAUGGGCCCUCGCACAAUUCAGCACGAAACUGUGGUCUCUGAGGUGGCUGCUUCUCCUGCACCUGCACCCACUUCAAGCAGCAUUGGUGGUGCUGAUGCUUGCAGUGUCCACUCCAAGGCCUUCCAAGAUUGCUUGAACAACUUCGGGAACGACAUCAGCAAGUGCCAGUUCUACAUGGACAUGUUGUCCGAGUGCAGGAAGAACUCUGGCUCUAUGAUGGGGGCCUAAAGGUUCGUCAGCAGGAGGAAGAUGUAUCAGACUCUCCGACUUGGUUAAUGGCUUCUGACUGAUCAAUUCCUUUUUGGAAAAUUUCUCCAAUAAGAUUUUCUGGAUCUAUUCAACCCAGAAAAGAGCCGCAUUCUCUCCCCUUCUUGUAGCAGAAGUCGGGUUUUUGCUCUUUAUUGCGUAUCGCUCUCUUCCACACAUUUUCUUAGAUCCAAAUCCGAGUCAUUCCCAAAGUGCUGCAUGAUUUAA